AUGCAAUUACAAUUUGAAUAUUGUGAAAAAGUGUCAAGAAGACUUUCAAUUAAAUGGCAUGAAAAUCCUACAACUGGUUGUUUAAAGGUUAGAGCUAUGAUGGCAGUUUCCAACAUAUACUAUGCAGAAAUUAUGAAUGCAUGCAUAGGUUCUUUGAUGGCAAAUAGUUUAGAAUCAGAUUUAAUUAAAGAAACCAAUGCAAUUACAAAUUUGAAUAUGUCAUCAGGUCCAAUUAAUACUUUGGCUGUAAAAUCGAAUUUAUUUAGAAAGUAUCACAGCAAAUCCUAUAAAACUCAAACUGUUAAAUAUGGUGAUCUCUUUUGGUCCAAAAAUGAUGAUGAAACAAUUAAAGGAUUUGAGAAAGUUUUGGAAACUGAAAGUUUAUUAAUUGGUCCACAUUUAAUUAUGCAUAAUAGAGCAGUAAUACCACUUCAAAACAAAACAAAUCCAUCAUACAAAAAAACUAAUUCAAGGAAUAUCGGUGAAGAUUUACCAAAAUCCUUUACAUUUGAAAUUGAUAAAAAUUUAAAAAUAGGAGCAAUGGCCUAUAUGUACAAACAUCUUAUAGAUUCACUUGGAAAUGAUGUCGAAAUUAUUAAAAAGUACCUCCAACCCUAUUAUAAAACAAAAAUUGAAACCAAAGAGGAAUUUAAAUCUUAUGUAGGCAAACUUAUAAUGAUGGUAAUACAAAAAGAACAUGGAAACUGUAUUAUAGGAGAAGAUACAGACUUAAAAAUAAAGGGAUUGGUUAAUGAAUAUCUUUUGAAAAAAGCUAAAAUGCAAAAUCACGUUUACAAACAAUUCGUUGUAAAUUAA